CUCUCCAUUAAUCUGGUCACACUAUCAUAUAUUGUAUCUAUGUACAAUUUCUUGCGAAUGUGCGGAACUAACUUGGUUCUAUAAUUUUUAAAUGGUCAAACAAAUAUAAAAUGUUCGCGUCUUUGUGUGCCCAGUGUUUAGAAUAAGUAAAUCGGAAAAUCGAUUUUGUGUCCCUGUAAAAGAAAUCUAUACAAUUUUCGCAUUAAAUGCAUAAAAUGGCAGCUCAACACCAACACUACACCGUUGAAGUUGGAGAUACCAAUUUUACUAUUCAUAGCCGGUACAUUAAUUUAAGGCCGAUCGGAUCAGGAGCUCAAGGAAUAGUAUGCGCUGCCUACGAUACUGUCACCGAGCAGAAUGUGGCAAUUAAAAAACUUUCCCGACCAUUCCAAAAUGUUACCCAUGCCAAGAGAGCAUAUAGAGAAUUUAAGCUGAUGAAGCUUGUUAACCAUAAAAACAUUAUUGGAUUACUUAAUGCUUUCACUCCGCAAAGAAAUUUGGAGGAGUUUCAAGAUGUUUACCUCGUCAUGGAGUUGAUGGACGCCAACCUUUGCCAAGUUAUUCAAAUGGAUCUGGAUCACGACCGAAUGUCGUACUUGUUGUACCAAAUGUUGUGCGGAAUAAAACAUUUACACUCAGCCGGAAUUAUACACAGAGACUUAAAACCAUCCAAUAUAGUUGUAAAGGCAGACUGCACCCUAAAAAUUUUGGACUUUGGUCUUGCACGCACUGCAGGAACAACAUUUAUGAUGACUCCAUAUGUGGUCACCCGGUAUUACAGGGCACCGGAAGUCAUUUUGGGAAUGGGCUACACAGAGAAUGUGGAUAUAUGGUCUGUUGGGUGCAUUAUGGGUGAAAUGAUAAGAGGAGGCGUACUGUUUCCUGGCACGGAUCAUAUAGAUCAGUGGAAUAAAAUUAUUGAGCAAUUAGGUACGCCAUCGCCCUCAUUUAUGCAACGGUUACAGCCAACCGUCCGAAAUUAUGUGGAAAAUCGUCCCAGAUAUACUGGAUAUUCAUUUGAUAGACUCUUUCCCGAUGGAUUGUUUCCAAGUGAUAAUAAUCAGAGUAGCCGCAGGAAGGCUUCUGACGCUAGAAAUCUUCUCAGUAAAAUGCUUGUCAUAGAUCCGGAGCAACGGAUAUCCGUGGAUGAGGCUUUGAAGCAUGAAUAUAUCAAUGUGUGGUAUGAUGCCGAAGAAGUUGACGCUCCGGCUCCGGAGCCCUAUGAUCAUAGCGUAGAUGAGAGGGAACACACUGUGGAGCAAUGGAAGGAGCUAAUCUAUGAGGAAGUUAUGGACUACGAAGCACACAACACAAAUAAUAGAACGCGGUAGAGAACGACUUUUUCCUCCUUAGUCAGUCAUAAAAACUAAAGCUUAAAAACAAUGCGGCAUGUAUUGUUAAAUUAUUACCACAAAUAAAAUAUUCAAAUUGUAUUUAAAAAUAUAGUAACCAUUAAAAAAUAAAAUCAAUCCA